AUGCUUUAUUUUCGAGAUGUUUAUAAACUAAGAUAUAGCACGAACAUGGUGCAAAGAUUGCUUUUACUUCAACUGCUGCUUUUUGCUUCUAGCUUUGUUUCAAGCAUGAAUUCACCAAGGUCUUCUCUGGCUGUCUAUGACUUUAAAGUAUCAAAUGAGCUGGUAGGCAACUUAAAAAGACCUAUAAUAGAAGACUGAAUUUCUGAUGAUAAAAAGACUUAUAGUGUUGAGGACUAUGAUCCGUUUUUCACACUGGGGGCUGAUUUUGAUGGGACUUUAUUCUAUAUGGAAAAGUCGUCAAACUUGAAAAUUUCUCUCCAAAAAACAAUUUGAGAGCUUGCUAGGGAUACAAAGCCUUUUGACCUGAGCGGUUAUUCAUAUGGAUUUUCAAAUUUAUUUAUUAUUGGGUUUAUUCAUAAAAAUAUAUACAUUUUUGCAUAAAUAUUGCUAAAAUAGCUGAAAAAAGUUUUUUUUAUAAUUUAAUUAAAAUGUUUAUAAUUAAUGCUCAAAACAUCGAAAGUCCAAAUCAAGAAGACCAAAUGCUUUUUGAGAGAGACGACUUUUCCAUUGUAAGCUUGGAAAAAUCUUCAGGCGAGUAUAAAUGGAAUAUCACUUAUUCUCAAUAUACUUCAAAAGAGGAAAAUUCAUAUUGUUUUUAUACAAUAGACAGAAAAAAAAUUUCUGAUACUUGGAAUUUUAAGCUUGAUAUAAAAGAAGAAAACUCUCUAAAGCAGCGGCUGUUUGAGUAUUUUAAGCACCAUUUGUCAAAUUAUUAUUAGUUUGUGAUUAAAUGGGGACUUGCGGAUACGAUUGCUUGGCUAUUUUUAAGUAAAUUUAAGAUUUAUAGAUAUUUUAAGGCAUUUUAAAUAUUUAAUAAAGCGUACAAUCCAUCGAAAGCAUUCCAAAUUUUUUGCAGCGUCCUUUGUGACUUAAUAGAGCUUUGCAACGAUAAUUUAGGAAUUUUGGCUAUGAUUAUAUUAGCGGCUUCUUUAGGAUUUUUACUUGGGAGAAAAAGCCAGAUAUCAUCGUGCCCAUCUUCAAGAUCUUCAUCAGAAGAUCCAAUUGACUGCCAAAUUAAGCCUCAUUUUCCAAACCUUUCAGAUUCAUUUACAGAAGGCGUUUUGCCAAUAAUAAUACCUGAAACUGAAAACGUUGAGCUACUCAAGCUAAAAUUCAGCGUUGAGUCGAUAUCUCCAAUAGCAAAAACUCAUGUAUCGGCUCCAGAAAAAAAUUAUUCUAUAUAAAUCAAAUAUAAUAUUAAUUUUCUGUACUCGAUAAGGCAAUAUUUUUAUUAUUAAAUAGUAUACUUUGAGUUCAAUAGGAAAAUAAUAACUCCCUUUGAAAUUAACAAGGAAAUACUAAAUAGUCCUAUUGAAAUGGAGGCUAAUUAUAAGCAUAAAGCGAUCCUUACAUUAAGGGAGUUUGAAAACCUUACAGACUCAGACAUGGAAAUUUCCCAAGACCCAAUUAAAGAAAUAAAGAAAAGCAUAAUUGAAGACGAAAGCAGCAGCGAAGAUGAGCUUGGGGUAAAAGAGUACUGGGAUUCACCUCAAAGAAGCAAAAAAAGAAUUUCUGUGACGCGGCUUCCUCAGAAAAAUGGAGAGUUCAAAGAAUUGAUUGAUGUGCUUGAUGAUGGGAAUUAUCCUUUUAGAUUAUAAAUAUAAAAAUUUUAUUUUAUUAUAAAUAUUAGGAAAUUUUCAAAUAAUGAAGAAUAUAACAGAAAAUUCGAAUUUCAAAAUAUUCUUGGCUAUGGAGGAUUCAGCUCUGUACAUUUAGCCAAGCAUAAGCUUGAUGGGCAGCUAUAUGCUAUUAAGAUUGUAAAAAUGAAAAUUGGGAUAAGUCAGAGUAUUACUCGGCAUCGGCUUUUUGCUGAAGUGAAUUUGCUUAAAAAGCUGCAUUCUAAAUAUUUAGUGCAGUAUAUUACAUGCUGGGCUGAAAGAGAGCUAAAUAAAAUCCAAGAAGAAGAUGAAGGCUCAGAUAGUUCACGAUAUGCAUUAACUCUUCUUUAUAAUUAAAAUAUUUAAAAAAAUAUUAAAAAAUCAAUAAAAAUAUUAAUUGGAAAUUUUUAUAAAGGAAGUAAGCUCUGACAUGUCAUCAGAAAUUUCGUCUUUUUUAGAUGAAAAAUACAUGAGCGUGCUUCUUCACAUCCAAAUGGAAUAUUGCAGUGGGAUGUCUCUGCAAGGCUUCCUAGAAAACGAUAAAAGGGUAAUAGACCGAAAAGUUAAUUACAAUAUCUUAACCCAAAUACUUAAAGGAAUUAAGCACAUUCACGACAAAGGCAUUAUUCAUCGAGAUUUAAAGCCUGCAAAUAUUUUUCUAGAUGGAGGAAAUAACGUAAAAAUCGGAGACUUUAAUUUGGCGACUGCCCUUGAACAGUCAGAAAAAUCAAGCCAAAGCUACCUGGACAUGCAGGAGCUUUCAUCGAAUAUCGGGACUCCUUUGUAUUUAGCCCCUGAGCAGGAGCAUACUCAUAAAUACAACCAUAAAGCUGAUAUUUUUCCUAUUGGAAUUAUUUUGUUAGAACUUUAUUUUAAAUUUGGGACAUUUCACGAAAAAAUUAGUAUUUUGAAAAAAAUCAGAGAAUGUGGAGAAAUUCCAGAGGGGUUUAAAAAAGAUUAUCCGAUAGAAAGCGAGUUGGUAAGGCUUAUGACUUCUUUGAAUCCAAAGAAUAGGCCAAACGCUCGAGAGUUGUUGAAUUGCCAAUUAUUGAAAUCGUGGAAGUCUGAAUUAAAAAUUUAA